AGAGCGGGAGAGACUGUCGUAAACCCUGCCGUAAAGUGGGUGUAAAGUGUCGUGACAGCCCCUGAUGUUCCGUGGAGCCACCCCGUGUCCGGCCUCUUUUCCCCCGUACGGCUCACUCGAGACGAAACAUGCCGGCUAAAGGUCCUCUGCAGUCUGUCCAGGUGUUCGGACGUAAAAAAACCGCCACAGCAGUCGCUCACUGCAAGAGGGGGAAUGGUCUGAUCAAGGUGAACGGCAGACCCCUGGAGGUUGUGGAGCCUGCCACUCUCCAGUACAAGCUCCUGGAACCAGUGCUGCUGCUCGGAAAGGAGCGUUUCGCUGGAGUUGACAUCAGAGUCAGAGUUAAGGGUGGUGGACAUGUCGCACAGAUCUACGCUAUCCGCCAGGCUAUCUCCAAAUCUCUGGUCGCCUACUACCAGAAGUAUGUGGAUGAGGCUUCCAAGAAGGAGAUCAAGGACAUCCUGAUCCAGUACGACAGGACCCUGCUCGUUGCCGAUCCCCGUCGCUGCGAGUCCAAGAAGUUCGGUGGACCCGGAGCUCGCGCCCGCUACCAGAAGUCCUACCGUUAAUCCCCCUGUGCAUUUUCUCAAUAAACUGGAGAAGAAAACUCA